GUGAAAAAUGAAUUCAUUUGAAGAACAAAACUUCAAGACAUCAGAUGUGGAUGAAUAAGCAGAACUAAAGUUCCACCGAUUUCAAGCUUCUUUUCUGAAGAAGGAUGCCUCAUCCUCAAAACCUCACACUUUCCUGGUCUUCAAGAAGAUAUGCAGAGCUGUCUGCCAUAACCCCUAAAGGAAAUGUGACCAACACCACAAUUGAGAUGCUUCAGAGCAAUAUGCUUCAAAUUACUUUACCUAUUCUCUUCUCCAUUAUUUUCAGCAUCAGUGUCCCUCUCAACUGUCUUUCCUUGUGGUUCCUUUGGUGGUAUUCAAGGCCUUGGACUCCCAUCAUUGUGUUCUCCAUUAACCUGACCAUUGCAGACUUACUCUACAGCAUGCUUCUCCCCUUUCAAAUAAUCUACCACCUGAAGAAAAACAAUUGGCUCUUUGGGGAUGCUCUGUGCCGUGUCAUCACUGUUCUGUUCUAUGGAAACAUGCACUGCUCCAUGUUAACCAUGAUGAGUAUCAGCAUUGAACGCUAUCUGGGAAUAGUCCAUCCCCUGCAUUACAAAGCCAUGAGGCCAAUUAGAACUUCCCUUUUGACUUGUGUUGUCAUCUGGGCCCUCGUUUUAUUGCCACUCAUACCUCUCAUGAAACAUAACCUAACAAUUAAUGUUCAGGAACUGUCAAUCAUCACCUGCUUUGACGUUUUGCCUCAGAAAAUGUUCCAAGAGACAAAGCAUUUCAUUGCUUACUUUGGCUCCAAGAUGUUUUUCUUCUUUUUCCUCCCUUUAAUUGUCAUGGGGUUCUGCUACAUCUCAAUCAUCCUAACUCUUCUUCAUUCCUCUUCUACACAACUCAGAGAAAACAAAAGGCAUGUCGUCCAUUUGAUAAUAGUGCUGCUGGUAGUACUCAUCUUUUGUUACCUGCCCCAUAUUGUCAUAUCAAUUGUCCAUUAUGUCUACACUUUCUAUGACAAGUCAUUUUAUGUAGAAUAUAAACUUUCACUGGCAGUGAAUAGUUUCAAUUGCUGCGUUGACCCACUGGUUUAUUACUUUGGCUCUAAGGAAUUUCGACGAAAGAUACAAAAGAAGCUCUGCAGAUGUGUGGUUACUAAUUUCAGUGAAAAUACCCCUAUCUUUUCAGAACAUGACAUGCAAAUAAUACCAAUACCAAAAGUGCCAAAUUCAUAGUGCUAGAAUAUAAUAAACUGGUCAUUGCACUGAAUUUCCAUCCAUAAAAGUUUAGAAGCCAUUAUUCACAAUAGGACUUUAAGUCCAUGCUACAUUGAACACCCAGCUAAGCAACAUUAUCUAUUUGGUGCUUCCAGAACUGGACUAUGAAUGUCAGCUAUGUUUUCAAGUGUAUAUGGUAAAGGUAACUGAAAAAGGUCAACCAGAUUGGUAUUGAUAAGUUACUCCUCUGAUGCAGUUGUUUCUGGAGAUUGUGGUACAUGCCAAAACAGCAACAUUAAUGUAACAACUUUUGAUUUGUCUAGGACUACUGGAUCAAAUAUUAAAGACAGUUUGGUUGUCUCUUUUGAGACAGCCUAACUAGGAUAUCAUGUUCUAUUCUAACUAUUGAGUCUCCAAAUAGUGAAGACACUUUGGGGGUACUAAGAUCCAAACUAUUAUAAUGAUUUUAAAUCACUGUAAUACUGGUCUUUAACACUGGUCUUGCAAAGCUAUGUAUAGAAAAUCCCUUCUGAACUCUAAGAAGCACAUUUAGUAUGAAGCUUGCCAUUUCUUGUAAUGACAUUGUUAAAGUCUUACCAAAACUAAUAAUAAAACAAUUCAUAUUGUAUUUAC